AUGCAAAUAAGUAAAUUGAAACCUAAUCUAAAGCAGAAGAUUGUUUUGAGCCAAUUAACGGACGAUCAUUGGACUCCUGAAUUAGAUGCUGUCCUUGAUCGAUUUGCUUCAGACAGCAGCCUUGAUACUCUAUCUGUAUAUUUCGACCCAUACAGUGGUUUACAAGUGGAGCUCCACAUGCCUGCCCAGAGCGUAGACCAGUUUACAUACUUUAUCCGAAAGGAACGUGUCCGUCUUACCCCCGAGAAUUUGGAGGAGACAUUGCAAUUUGGUACUGUGCGAGGAUCCUACAUUGAGGCCCUUCUGAGGCUUAUGAAUGGUGUCUAUGCCCCACGGAUUCUUAGCAACACCACCUGGCCUGAAAGUAUCCGCAACAACUUCUCAGCGCACGUGCACCGCUUCCUCUCUGCCUUGACAGAUGCCAGAUACAAGUUGCAGGGUCACACCGUCUUAUACAUUCCGAUUGAAGCCAUGAAUUUUGAAAUUGAGGCAGCUGUUAAGGAUAAAGAGCUGGUUCAGAGACUGGAGACCGCCAUGAUCCACUGGACACGUCAGAUCAAAGAGGUCCUGAGCGCUCAUGAAGCUGUGGAGAUGGGUGAGAGCUCUGGGCCUCUGGAAGAAAUUGAGUUCUGGAGGGACAGGUGCACAGACCUAUCUGGGAUAAGCCAACAGCUUGACAAGCCAGGGGUGAAACACAUUGAGCAGAUCUUGGAAAAGGCAAAGUCCUCUUAUGUGGGACCCUUCCAGAAACUGUCCAAACAAAUCCAGGAUGGUUCCCUUCAGGCUGAAUCCAAUCUGAGCUUUCUGUCGGUGCUUAAAGCUCCAUUUGAAGAGUUGAUGACUUUAAAGGCGAGUGAAAUCCCAGCGAAGCUCCCACGUCUUCUCAGCCUUGUUCGCAUCAUUUGGACGAAUUCCCCAUAUUAUAAUACCCGUGAAUGUAUCACCUCACUUUUACGCAAGAUAAGUAAUGAACUGAUUCGCCUGUGUAGCCGAGAGGUGUCUCUUGAUCGCAUUUUUGAUGGAUAUAUUGCUUCAAGUAAUCAGAUCCUGAAGGAUUGUAUCACAUGCUGUAUGGCAUGGAAGGAGCACUACUUAUUGGCAGUUCAAAUGCACAGCAGAUGUUCCAAGAUAGGAUGGGUCUUGGACCAAACCAGUAUUUUUGCUCAGGUUGAUGCCUUUAUACAACGGUGUAAAGAUCUAAUGGAGGUGUGUGUGUGCCAGCAGCAUUUUGGGCGUUGGGUAGAUGGCACGCAGACCCCAUUACCCUGUUUCACUGGGCACCGUGGCCCUCAGAUCACACGCAACCUGUUAGAAAUUGAAGAUACUUUUAAGAAGAAUCUGCUCAUGCUGAAAUCUGCUAAGAAAACCAUUUUGGAUGUAAAGAGCACAUCAUGGCAUGAUGAAUACAACAGAUUCCGUGCAGGGGUAAAGGAUUUGGAAGUGAUGAUGCAGAAUCUAAUCAACACAGCUUUUGAGACAGUCCGGGGAGUCAAACAGGGGGUGGAACUCUUGGAUGUUUUUCACAGUAUGUCUUCUCGGGAGGCCAUAAAGCGUAUGUUUGAUAAGAAGGCAGUGUAUGUAUACGAGCUGUUUAAGAAUGAGCUUCAACUGGUUAACAAGGAAUUGGGAAAGAAAAUUCUAGCGUUGAUGCCACACAUGAGUUAUUUUGCUGGUCAAGCGCUCUGGGUCCGGACCCUUAGACGCCGCAUUGAGAGAUCUGUAGAGAUCUUGUCCAGUGCCCACUUCAUGCCCCGUGUUGGUGUAGGUGAGCAAGUUAUGCAAGAGUACCAGCAGUUGGCACAGAAGAUGGAUGAGCUGGUAAGGAAGAUCUUCACUGAAUGGUCCCAAGCAACUGACAAGCAGGCCAUUAGACGCCUGGAUGUUCCACUCAUGGUUCGCAGCCAGGAGAAGUCUGGCAUGCUGGACUUAAAUUUUGAUAAGGAUCUUCUAAAGCUGUUUGUGGAGGUUUACUACUGGGAGCAACUUAUGUUUGAGAUCCCACACUAUGUAGUAGAGCUUUAUCAGAGAAAGGAAGACCUGAGGAAUCUACGGGAAAAUGUGCUGCUUGUGGUGAGAGCUUACAACAGGAUCAUAGAUGCCCUGUCUCCAGCGGAACGAGGCUUGUUUAGAGAACAAAUCCGCUUCCUUGAUAAGAAGAUACAACCUGGUCUUAGCAAGCUACGCUGGUCAUCUAAAGGAGUGUCAAGUGCCUUCAUUAAUGACUGCCUUCUGCAUAUAAGCAAGGUCCAAAAAAUAGUGGAUAACUACAAAGUUGCCAAUCUGAACAUCUCUCGCUGUGCACGUCUUAUUAGUGAAACUCUUCUGCUUGAUAUUGAUGGGAACAGAGUCUUCCGGGACCUGGAAUUCCAGGAGGUGCAAGAGGAAAACCGGAGGAAUGCACAGAGCCGACUGCAUACCCUACAUGAAGAAAUCUGUGGAAUCAUGAGGGCCACCUAUGAGGUCUUUAAGGCUGAUGGACCUGAGGUCCAACAACACUGGCUGAAUUACACUGAGAAAAUGGACCUUCUAGUUGAAGAGGCUUUCAGACUGAACAUCAAGUGGUCUUUGCAGGAGCUCUCUAAAGCCAUCAAUGGUGACAGCAAGGCCAGCCCUAAUCCUCUUUUCAGAGUGAUGGUCAUAUUGCAGAAUGACUUAUCUGGCUCCGGUGACAAGGUGGAGUUUUCUCCAACCCUUCAGCAACUUGCUAACAUUGUGAACAACAUCUGUAGCCAAAUCCUGAAUACAGUGUGCAGCUUUAGACGUCUCCAGGAUAUACUGACCAAGAUCAGAUCUCAGCGGGAUUCCUUAUAUGCUAUCAUUGAGCGUGAUGAAGAGAUUAAGAAGAUCCAGGCUCAGAUCAGUAGUGGAAUGUCCACAAAUGCUGCCCAUGUGCAGGCUUCACUAAAGACCUGGGAUUCAUACAAAGAGCUCUGGGAAAUUAACAAGGACGCCUUCAUUCGCCGUUACCGACAACUCGCACCCCCUGUUUCUUCUUUUGAUUCAGACAUAGCUAGGUACAGUGAGCUUGCCAACAAUGUUCAGAAGGAAGAAACACUGGUAAAUAUCCAGUUUGUGUUGCUAGAUUGCAGCAACCUGAAAUAUUCUCUGGUGCAGUAUUGUCAUGAGUGGCAGAAAAGGUUCACUGAUCUUCUGAGCAACAUGGCAACUGGGAAACUGAUGGAACUACAAGCGUACAUGAAAGAUAAUGGAGAGAGAGUGCAGCAUCCCCCAUUGACACUGGAGGAACUGGCUCAGAGUUUAAAGCUCUAUGACACACUUCAAAGUGAACUUUCCAGAGUUGAGAGCCAGAUCCACCCCAUUCAUGACCAGUUUGCCAUUCUGGAGAAGUAUGAGGUUGCUGUAGAAGAAGAAGUUCGUCAGAGUUUGGGUACCCUGAAUGGAGCGUGGGUGUCUUUCCAACAGUUGCUUAUAGAGAGUGAUUCCAUGCUGAAGAAGUCUAAGGAGAAGUUCAAAAACAGUCUACUUCACUCUGUAGAGGAAUUCAAGAAAAAGACCCGCUCCCUGCAUGAUGAGUUCACAUUAAAAGGUCCCUUCUCUAGCUCGGUCGGGUGUGAUUCAGCCCUAGAGCAGAUCAGCGUCACCCGUGAAAUGAUGAACAUUAUGAAAGAAGAAGAGAGCAACCUCCGCUCUGGCCUUGGCAUGUUUAAGAUUGAGCAACCUGCCUCUAAAGAUCUGACUGCUGUGGAAAGGGAUCUAGAUUCUAUCCAGCUGGUGUGGGAAGCUACCAAAGAGUGGGAGCAGCACUGGGGUCAGUGGAAGACAGGUCGUUUUCUUACUCUAGAGACCGAACUCAUGGAGAACACAGCACAGGGGCUCUACAGAAGACUGGCAAAGCUAAGCCGAGAACUGAAGGAUAAGAACUGGGAGGUGGUAGAGACAUCAAGGUUACGCAUUGAUCAGUUUAAAAGGACCAUGCCUCUUAUCUCAAAUCUGAGGAAUGAUGCUCUGCGAGAAAGGCACUGGAACCAGGUAAGGCAAGAAAUUCAGAAAACAUUUGACCAGACGGCAGAGGACUUCACGUUAGAAAAAAUUGUUGAGCUUGGGCUAGACCAAUAUGUGGAGAAGAUCUGUGAGAUAUCCACUGCAGCCUCAAAAGAGCUUCUUAUUGAAGAGUCCCUAGAGGUUAUCACAAAAACAUGGGAAGUAACCCAGUUGGACAUUGUACCUUACAAGGAUAAAGGCCAUCAUCGACUUAGAGGAACAGAUGAGGUUUUUCAGGCAUUAGAAGACAACCAAGUUAGUAUCUCCACAAGUAAAGCUUCACCUUUUGUGAAGGCUUUUGAGCAUGAUGUGGACAGAUGGGAACGUUGUCUAUCCCACAUCCUGGAGGUCAUUGAAAUGAUUCUAAGAGUACAAAGACAGUGGCUCUACUUAGAGAACAUCUUCACGGGAGAAGAUAUAAGAAAACAGCUUCCGCAUGAAUCAGUAGAGUUUGAUGCAGUUAAUAUGAGCUGGAAAACCAUCAUGGAUAGACUGAACCAAGACAAUAAUGCUUUACGUGGAACUCAUCACCCAGGUCUUUUGGAGAAACUAGGGGAAAUGAAUGGAGUUCUGGAAGGAAUUCAGAAGUCUCUGGAUAUGUAUUUAGAAACAAAGCGUCAUAUUUUCCCUAGGUUCUAUUUUCUGUCUAAUGAUGAUUUACUAGAGAUCCUCGGACAGUCCCGCAACCCUGAAGCUGUCCAGCCUCACCUCAAAAAGUGCUUUGAUAACAUCAAAUCACUCAAGAUUCAGAAGGUUGGGAUGAGCAACAAAUUUGAAGCUUUAGGCAUGUUCUCAGCUGAUGGAGAGUAUGUGGACUUUUUAAACAUAGUGACCCUGGAAGGACCUGUAGAGGCCUGGUUGCGUGACAUUGAAAUAGCCAUGCGCUGUGCAUUAAAGGAGCUGCUGAAGAACUGCAGGGCGGCCUUGAAAAAGAUGAGUAACAAGAGGGACAAGUGGGUGAAGGAGUGGGCAGGACAGGUGUUGAUCACUUCCAGUCAGAUACAGUGGACCACUGAUGUCACAAAAUCUCUGAUAACAGCCAAGGAACGUGCAGACAAGAAGAUCCUAAAAAUCAUGAAGAAAAAGCAGGUGUCUAUGCUGAACAAAUACUCUGAAGCCAUUCGGGGGAACCUGACCAAAAUCAUGCGCCUAAAGCUGGUCGCUUUGGUGACGGUGGAAGUUCAUGCCAGGGAUGUCAUUGACAAGAUGCUGAAGAGUGGAUGUACAGACGUGGCUUCAUUCGAGUGGCUAAGUCAGCUGCGUCUCUACUGGGAUAAGGAUAUAGAUGACUGCAUCAUCAGGCAGACUAAUACACAUUUCCAGUAUGGGUAUGAGUAUCUGGGAAAUUCUGGUCGACUUGUGAUCACGCCUUUAACUGAUAGGUGCUACAUGACCCUCACCACAGCUUUGCACUUGCAUCGUGGUGGCUCUCCGAAGGGUCCAGCAGGCACUGGCAAGACAGAGACAGUGAAGGAUCUUGGAAAAGCUCUAGGAAUGUAUGUGAUUGUGGUAAACUGUUCAGAAGGGCUGGAUUAUAAAUCAAUGGGGAGAAUGUUCUCUGGCUUGGCUCAGACUGGUGCAUGGGGAUGCUUUGAUGAGUUUAACCGCAUAAACAUUGAAGUUCUGUCAGUGGUAGCCCAGCAGAUCCUGUCCAUCCUAUCUGCCCUUUCUGCUGGCCACCCACAAUUUUUGUUUGAGGGACGUGAGAUCAACUUGGUGUGGUCUUGUGGUAUCUUCAUAACUAUGAACCCAGGCUAUGCAGGGCGAACUGAGCUUCCUGAUAAUCUCAAAUCCAUGUUCAGACCCAUCUCCAUGGUGGUACCAGACUCAACUCUCAUUGCUGAGAUCAUACUCUUUGGAGAGGGAUUUAACAACUGCAAGCUCCUGGCUAAAAAAGUAUAUACUCUGUACUCAUUGGCCGUACAGCAGCUCUCUAAACAAGACCAUUAUGAUUUUGGUUUGAGAGCUCUGACGUCACUUCUGAGGUAUGCUGGGAGGAAACGCAGGAUGAGGCCUGAUCUGUCUGAUGAAGAGGUUCUCAUCAUGUCUAUGAAGGAUAUGAAUAUAGCUAAGCUCACCUCAGUGGAUCUUCCUUUGUUCAGUGGCAUAAUGCAGGAUCUAUUCCCAGGCAUUGACACCCCUUCUGCUGACUAUGGCAAGCUCCGCGAGCAGAUUGAACAGGAACUCAAGCUUUCUGGCAUGCAGAAUACCCCAUUCACUUUGACAAAAAUCAUACAGUUAUAUGAGACCAAGUCCUCGCGCCACUCCUGCAUGAUUGUUGGCAGGACUUGCAGUGGAAAGUCCACUACUUGGCGCUGUCUGCAGAGUGCCCUUUCUGCCCUCCACCGUAGUGGUGAUAGCAACUACAAUAUUGUGCGGGAUUGUCCACUAAACCCCAAAGCAGUGUCACUGGGUGAGUUGUACGGUGAAUACGACCUCACAACUAAUGAGUGGACAGAUGGAAUCCUAUCAAGUCUGAUGAGGGCAGCAUGUGCAGAUGAUAGGCCUGAUGAGAAGUGGCUUGUGUUUGAUGGGCCAGUGGACACUCUAUGGAUUGAAAGCAUGAACUCUGUGAUGGACGAUAACAAAGUGCUGACCCUGAUCAAUGGAGAGAGGAUAGCCAUGCCAGAGCAGGUGUCUCUGCUGUUUGAGGUGUCUGAUCUUGCUGUUGCUUCUCCGGCCACAGUAUCCCGUUGUGGGAUGGUGUAUACUGACUAUACCAGCCUUGGUUGGCGUCCCUGUGUUCAAUCAUGGCUUGAAAAGCGUACUAAGGCAGAAGCAGAGACCCUGCAACGAAUGUUUGAUAAAUAUAUCGAGAAGGUCAUGCAAUUCAGAAAAAGUAACUGCAAGGAGCUCGUUCCUCAAGAAGAAACCUGUGGAGUCAUCUCACUCUGCAAGUUGUAUGAGGCACUUGCUACAGCUGACAAUGGGGUGAACCCAUCGGAUUCUGAGAAUUACAACCGAAUGAUAGAGCUGUGGUUUGUAUUCAGUCUCAUCUGGUCAGUCUGCGCAUCUGUUGAUGAGGACGGACGGAGAAAAAUCGACAAUUUUCUGAGAGAGAUUGAGGGAAGCUUUCCUAACAAGGAUACCGUCUAUGAAUAUUAUGUUGAUCCCAAAACAAAGAAUUGGGCUUCUUUUGAGGACAAACUGCCAAAGGGAUGGAGAAUUACACCCAACACCCCAUUCUAUAAGAUUAUGGUACCCACAGUGGACACAGUAAGGUACCAAUUCAUCAUCAAUGCCCUGGUGUCCCAUCAGAUCCCAGUCCUUCUUGUAGGACCUGUUGGCACCGGUAAGACCUCCAUUGCCCAGAGUGUCCUGCAAUCUCUUAACUCCAACAGUUGGACAGUACUGACAGUGAACAUGUCGUCUCAGACCACUUCAACCAAUGUCCAGAACAUAAUUGAAAGCCGUGUGGAAAAGCGUACAAAGGGAGUUUAUGUGCCAGUGGGGGGCAAGAAGCUUAUCACCUUUAUGGAUGACCUUAAUAUGCCCGCCAAAGACACCUUUGGAUCUCAGCCGCCUCUUGAGUUACUCCGUCUCUGGAUUGACUAUGGUUUUUGGUAUGAUCGACAGAACCAGUCUAUCAAAUAUGUCAAGGGAAUGUUCCUCAUGGCAGCAAUGGGUCCUCCUGGUGGCGGUCGCACGGCUAUAUCUGGUCGACUCCAGAGCAGGUUCAACCUCAUUAAUAUGACAUUUCCCACAGAAUCCCAGAUCAAGCGGAUCUUUGGAACAAUGAUGAGUCAAAAGCUUCAGGAUUUUGAGGAGGAAGUGAAGCCAAUUGGGGAAGUAAUAACACAGGCUACCGUGGAGUUGUACAAUGCAGUUACCCAGAGAUUCCUUCCCACUCCAGCUAAAAUUCACUAUCUGUUUAAUCUGAGGGACAUUUCAAAGGUAUUUCAGGGCAUGUUACGAGCCCAUCGAGACCUCCAUGACACCAAACACAGCAUUAGCAGAUUAUGGGUCCAUGAAUGCUUUAGGGUAUUUUCCGACCGUCUGGUGGAUUCAGUGGAUAUGGAGGCUUUUGUAGGAAUCCUGAGUGAAAAGUUGGGUUCUCUCUUUGACCUUACAUACCACAAUUUGUGCCCGAGCAAAACCCCUCCUGUGUUUGGGGAUUUCAUGCGGGAGCCUCCUGUGUAUGAAGAUAUAACUGAUUUACAGGCCCUAAAGAAUUUUAUGAACCACCAAUUAGAAGAGCAGAUCCAGGUUCCAGGGUCUGCUACCAAAAGCCUUGUCCUUUUCACUGAUGCAAUUCUACAUGUGACCCGUAUUGUGCGAGUUAUUGGGCAGCCACGGGGAAACAUGUUACUUGUUGGCAUUGGUGGCAGCGGGCGGCAAAGCCUGGCAAGGCUUGCGUCAUACAUCUGUGAAUACAAGGUGUUCCAGAUUGAAGUGACCAGAGGAUAUCGUAAACAGGAAUUCAGAGAAGACAUUAAGAAGUUGUACCGCCUGACUGGAGUAGAUGGCCGUCCGUCUGUCUUUUUGUUGACAGACACUCAGAUUACUGAUGAAGCUUUCCUAGAAGACGUUAAUAAUGUGCUGAGCUCCGGAGAGGUGCCCAAUCUGUACAAGGCAGAUGAGUUUGAGGAGAUUAAGGGCAUCCUGCAGGAGAAGGCGCGAGUCGACAAUAUACCCGACACUCAAGAGAGUUUAUUCAACUUUUUAAUUGAGAGAGUGAGGAACAAUCUGCAUAUUAUUCUGUGCAUGAGCCCAGUAGGAGAACCGUUCCGGAAUCGUAUCCGACAAUAUCCAGCUCUUGUAAACUGUACCACCAUAGACUGGUUUUCAGAAUGGCCUCAGGAUGCUUUGCUGGAGGUGGCAGAGCGAUAUCUGGAUGGAGCAGAGCUGGGGACUUUGGAAGGGAUCCAUGGGAAGGUGGCACGAAUCUUUGUGACAAUGCAUCGAUCCGUAGCUGAGUAUUCACUGAAAAUGAAACUAGAAAUGAAAAGGCAAAAUUACAUUACUCCAACAAGCUAUCUGGAAGUGGUGUCUAGAUACAAGAGACUUCUGGGUGAAAAGCGUGAAGAACUGGGGCAAAAGGCUCUGAAGCUCCGAAAUGGUCUGUUUAAAAUUGAUGAGACACGAGAGAAGGUAGAGCGGAUGUCUGUAGAGCUGGCAGAGGCCAGGAGUAAAGUGGCCGACUAUCAGAAGCAGUGUGAGGAUUAUCUAGUUAUCAUCGUCCAGCAGAGAAGGGAGGCCGAUGAGCAGCAAAAGACAGUGGCAGCUCACAGUGAAAAGAUUGCAGCAGAAGAGAUAAAGUGCAAGACUCUUGCAGAAAAUGCACAGAAAGACCUGGAAGAGGCACUUCCUGCCUUGGAAGAAGCUAUGAAGGCCCUUGAAUCACUGAAUAAAAAAGAUAUGACAGAGAUCAGGUCAUAUGGGCGUCCUCCUGUUCUAGUGGAGACGGUAAUGCAAGCUGUCAUGAUCCUGAGAGGCAGUGAACCAACCUGGGCUGAAGCCAAAAGACAACUGGGGGAAUCCAACUUCAUCAAACAGCUAAUAAAUUUUGAUAAGGACAAUAUCUCAGAACGGGUCUUGAAAAAGAUUGGGCAGUACUGUGUACAGCCAGACUUCCAGCCAGAUAUCAUUGAACGGGUGUCAUUGGCAGCUCGGUCGCUAUGUAUGUGGGUGCGAGCUAUGGAGAUGUAUGGUAGGAUUUACAGGGUGGUAGAGCCUAAACGAGCUCGUAUGAAUGCAGCAAUGGCUCAGCUGGAAGAAAAACAGGCAUCUCUGGCAGAAGCACAGAGCAAACUGCGUGAGGUAGGAGAACGUCUGGAGAAGUUGAAAACACAAUACGAUGAAAAAUUGGCACAAAAGGAGACACUGAGAUCUGAGGCUGAGUUAAUGGAGUUGAAGUUGCAGAGAGCUGGCACAUUGGUUACAGGACUAGCAGGAGAGAAAUCCCGAUGGGAGGAAACAGUCAAGGGUCUAGAGGAGAAUCUGGGUUUCCUUGUGGGCGACUGUCUCCUGGCCUCAGCAUAUCUGUCGUAUAUGGGUCCGUUUCUGUCUAACUACCGGGAAGCCAUCUUAUCCAUCUGGAUCAAAGAGAUAAAAGAGAUGUUUGUCCCAUGCUCGCCCCAUUUCUCUCUCUUUACUUUCCUGUCCAGUCCCACUACUGUGCGAGAGUGGAAUCUACAGGGACUUCCAUCUGAUACCUUUUCCAGUGAUAAUGGAGUCAUAGUUACAAGAGGGAACAGAUGGCCUUUAAUGGUUGACCCACAGGGACAGGCUACUAAAUGGAUAAAAAAUAUGGAAUCCACAAAGGGUUUGAAGGUGAUUGACUUACAAAUGCCAGAUUAUAUGCGGGCUCUAGAACAGGCCAUACAAUUUGGAACCCCAGUAUUGUUACAAAAUGUCCAGGAGGAUCUUGACCCAUCAUUGGCACCCAUCUUAAGUAAAUCAGUCACCAAAGUGGGAGGACAACUACAGAUACACCUUGGUGAUAAGGACAUUGUGUACAAUCCUGAAUUCCGAUUCUACAUUACUACUAAACUUUCCAACCCACAUUAUACACCUGAGAUCAGUUCCCAAACAACCAUUGUCAACUUUGCUGUCAAAGAGCAGGGUUUGGAAGAUCAAUUAUUGGGCAGUGUUGUGCGGAAGGAGCGCCCUGAUCUCGAGGAGCAGAAACAAUCUCUGGUCUUGAAUAUCGCUGCUGGAAAACGUAAACUGCAGGAAUUGGAAGAUGAAAUUCUGAGGCUCCUUAAUGAGGCAACAGGAUCACUUCUGGAUGAUGUGCAGCUUUUGAACACUCUGCAGAAAUCUAAAGUAACGGCUAGUGAAGUCAGCGAGCAGCUGAUGAGCAGUGAGGAAACUGAAGAGAAGAUAGACACUGCUAGAGAGGCUUACCGUCCCUGUGCCCAACGUGCAUCCCUUCUCUUCUUUGUCCUGAAUGACCUUGGACACAUUGAUCCCAUGUAUCAGUUCUCGUUGGACUCCUACAUUGACCUCUUUCAUCUGAGCAUAGACAAGAGCCAGCGCAGUUUCAACCUAGAGGAGAGGAUCACCAACCUCAAUGACUGGCACACCUACUCCGUGUACAAAUACACCUGCCGUGCUCUGUUUGAGCGGCACAAGCUCCUGUUCAGCUUCCAAAUGUGUGCCAAGAUCUUAGAGGUGGCUGGAAAACUUAAUAUGGAUGAGUACAACUUCUUCCUGCGUGGCGGUGUGGUACUUGACCGGGAGGAGCAGAUGGAUAACCCUUGCUCAGCAUGGCUGUCUGAUGCAAACUGGGACAAUAUAACCGAGCUGGAUAAAUUGACAAACUUUCAUGGAAUAAUGAACUCCUUUGAGCAGUACCCACGGGACUGGAUUAUGUGGUAUACAAGUUCAGAACCAGAAAAUGCCUGCCUGCCAGGUGAGUGGGAAAAUGCUUGCAGUGAAAUGCAGAGAAUGCUGAUUGUACGCUCCCUGCGACAGGACCGUGUAGCCUUCUGUGUCACAGCCUUCAUCAUCAACAAUCUAGGAUCAAAGUUUACAGAACCACCAGUGCUGGACAUGAAAGCAGUGGUUGAGGACUCUCUCCCUCGCUCACCCCUGGUCUUUGUCCUCUCUUCUGGAGUUGAUCCCACAGGUUUGCUCCUGCAGUUGGCUGAGCAGUCUGGGAUGUCACAACAUUUCCAUGCUCUGUCUCUCGGGCAGGGACAGGCACCUAUUGCUACUCGUAUGAUCAAGGAAGGUGUCAAAGAUGGACAUUGGGUCUUCUUGGCUAACUGCCACCUCUCCCUGUCAUGGAUGCCACAACUUGAUAAAUUAGUAGAGCAACUGCAGGCAGAUGAAACACAUCCAAACUUUAGACUAUGGCUGAGUUCCAGCCCUCACCCAGAUUUCCCCAUCUCUAUUCUUCAGUCCAGUAUCAAGAUGACCACCGAACCACCCAAGGGUCUGCGUGCCAAUAUGAAGCGUCUGUAUCAGUUGAUAACAGAACCACAAUUCUCACGCUGCAUGAAGUCUACAAGCUACCGGCGUCUGCUCUUCUCUCUCUGUUUCUUCCAUAGUGUUCUUCUUGAACGUAGGAAAUUCCUCCAACUUGGCUGGAAUAUUGUGUAUGGCUUUAACGACUCUGACUUUGAGGUGUCAGAGAAUCUUUUAAGCUUGUACCUGGAUAGCUACGAAGAGACUCCUUGGGAAGCUCUUAAGUACCUGAUUGCUGGAGUUAAUUAUGGGGGACAUGUGACCGAUGAGUGGGACCGGCGUCUACUCAGCACAUAUAUUAAUGACUACUUCUGUGAAGAAGCACUGGCUACACAAUUCUACAGGCUUUCUUCCCUGGAUACAUAUUACAUUCCCCGUGAUGGGGCUCUGCCAUCGUACAAGGAGUUUAUUAGCAUGCUUCCUGUAGUAGAUCACCCUGAGGCUUUUGGACAGCAUCCUAAUGCUGACAUUGCAAGUCAGAUUACUGAAGCUCGCACUCUGUUCGACACUCUUCUGUCCCUGAAGCCUCAGAUCACUCCAGCUGGCCAAGGAGGCGGGCAGACCCAAGAGGAAAAGGUUUUGGAGUUGGUGGCUGAUGUUCGUCAGAAGAUUCCUCAAGAGAUUGAUUAUGAAGGAACAAGAAAAGUUCUCAGUGAUGAUCCCAACCCGCUCAAUGUUGUAUUAUUGCAGGAGAUCCAGCGAUAUAAUGCCCUGCUUCACACAAUCAGGUCUUCUCUCCUCGAUCUGGAGCGUGGUAUCCAGGGGCUGGUUGUCAUGUCCACAGAAUUGGAAGAAGUGUUCACCUGCAUAUUUGAUGCCCGUGUGCCUCCGCUUUGGGCGAAGGCAUACCCCUCUCUGAAGCCCCUGGCUGCUUGGACCCGAGACCUAGCACAGCGCGUGGAAGUUUUCUCUCGCUGGGCUGAGACUGCUCAUCCCCCCGUUUUGUUCUGGCUAUCGGCAUUUACAUUCCCAACUGGUUUCUUAACCGCAGUGCUACAGAGUGCAGCCAGACAGAAUAAUGUCUCUGUUGAUUCUUUGUCCUGGGAGUUCAUCGUGUCAACUGUUGAUGACAACAACUUGGUGUAUCCUCCAAAGGAUGGAGUGUGGAUCCGUGGCCUCUAUCUUGAAGGAGCAGGAUGGGACAAGAAGAAUUCAUGUCUGAUCGAAGCUGAACCUAUGCAGCUUGUGUGUCCCAUUCCCACUGUGCACUUCAAGCCAACAGAGAGCAGAAAGAAAAGCAGCAAAGGUCUGUAUUCUUGCCCCUGCUUUUAUUACCCAAUCCGCUCUGGUUCAGCAGACCGCGCCUCCUUUGUAAUUGGCGUUGAUCUCCGUGUAGGGGCAGCACCUGCAGAGCACUGGAUCAAGAGAGGAACUGCUCUGUUAAUGAGUCUGGACAAUUGAGAGCACAAAAAAGCAACACAAAGAAAAGAUAUCGAAGAGUUCAGAGUAACAUUGACAAAAACUCUCCUAAUAGUAGCCUCAGGAUUUUUUUCACUUUAUCUGUUUUAGCAAAAUGCUCAAUUAAUUAUUACAUUAAUUAUAAAAUCAUUUCAGGAUACAUUUAACCAAGAACACAGCAAAAAUUCAGAAUGCAAUAUAUUCUGUUCCACUUGAAAGGUUUUUCAAAUUGUUGAUCUACAAAAUAACAUAAAUGUCACUGGAAAGUUCUGUAGAAAAUAAAGUUCUUUCAAAAUGUUCAAGCAAAAUAGACUCUGUAAGAACUCACAUAUGUUAUUAGUAGUCAUUAUCAAGCAAAGGGCCACAUAUAGGGCCCAUGAGAAGUCAAGGCUUCGUCAUGGUACUUUAAGCUUUCUAAGAGUAAAGUGGUAAAGCGUACAGGUGAGAACAGGUGUGCUGUGGGGUUCAUGGACAUCAUCAAGCCCUUGAUCUGCAUAUACUGACCAUGUCUAACCUUAUUAUUUGCCUUUUUAAUUCUGUAUAUUUUUAUACUGAUCUACAUUCAUCUAUGUUCUCUGCAACUAUCUUUUUUUCUAUCUAUCUAUUGAUCUAUUUAUCUAUAUAUAUAUACUGUAUAUAUAUAUAUGUCUGCACUUUAUAAUCUUAGAAAUAAAGAAAUGUACAUAUAUAUUUAGCUUGAAAUAUUUCAGUAGACCAGAUGUUUUGUGAACUUAUCUUAUAGGGAUUUAUACAUUCUUUAUAUGGGGACAAUUCUCUUCAACUUGUUAAAGAUUUAAUAAAAAUUUUGUUAAUUCAAA